AUGUCCUCCAGAACUGGCCCAAUGCAUCACCAAGUACCGUACAGCUCACCCCCCACCACUAUACCUGGGAGUCAGCCGAACAACAGUACGAAAGCGAAGAAAUUAGCUGGCCACUUCGAUAGUCCCUGCGACGUGAUAAAGUGCGACCCGUGCCCACAAGCCGGUAACAACCAGCAAAGCACCUUAGCCAAGGCAUUUGGUGACAGCAUGCCCACGUUCAGAUCCUACAUAGGACGAGGGUCCAUCGUCUUUACCAAAGAUGGAUCUGGGGACACUAGGAUGCACGGUCGGGUGUUAGUCGUCUUGCGCCGAAACACUCAGGGCUCUUCAACAUGUUUCUGUGUUUGUAAACACGAAAUCGCCGAUGACACCGAACUCCACAACACGCAUCGUCGGAUCAAGAUCAAAGGCACGCAACCGGAAGAGGAAGGAGAAACUCCAUCGAUCCAAGCUGAGGGCAAGCUUGCUCUGGACGCCAUCGAAAUCGAGCUAUCUCGUCGGCCUGGUUUCACAAAGACCCUACAGCCACACAUCUACAUCAACUGCGAAGAGCUCUGGAAUCUCGACGGUGAAGUGGAGGUGAUAACACUGGGAAAAGUUGCUCAGAAAUCAAUUGAUCGUCUCUUUCAGGACGUUCGCGAGCUAUACCAGGAUCCAUCCAGGAGGACCAGCAGUGGGGGGAGCGCAGAGACAGGCGGUCGAGACGAGAGACGUAUAUUCACAGAGAAUUACCGGCAAGAAGAACUACGUCGCAACAAUGGUACUCCCAUUCGCCCCAAGAAGAAUGAACGCGAACUAGGCAAGGACAGGCAUCAGGACUACUAUCGUUGA